GUUAAUAAAUGCUAAAUUGCAUCAUUAAAACAAAAAUACAUAUGCUAAGUAAAGAAAUUAAUAUAAAUAAUAUGUCAACUGAUCGAUGUUUUUAUUUUAAGUUGAAUCGUAUAUUACAUAUAUUUAGUCAAUUAUAUGAAGUUGUAUACUAACCUGGAUUUUACAUUAUCUUAAUUAUAGAAAGAGAAACUACUGGGACGUAUGCUAAAAGUAUAGAAUGUUGUCAUUGCUCGUUCUUCUGGGCCUAAGCCUGGCAACCACUGUUAGAGCUCAGGGCGGAGUAUUGAAUGGUGAUGGCAAACCAUGUGGUCUAGAUGUGAUGAUUGUGCUUGACACAUCCUGUAGUAUAAGUCCCGAAGAUGGAGAAAUAAUCCGUUCUUUUAUCGUCGAUAUGGUAAACUCUUUUGACAUCGGACCAUCAAUUGAUCAGACGCAGUUUGGCCAGGUGAACUUUAACGAAGGUACUCAACAUCAGUAUUUCCUAAAAGACUCCACUGACAAACAGACAGCGCUAUCAAAUGCUGAAAAUAUGGAUCUAAGCAAUCUGGUAACACAAGAAGGCUGUAAAACACAUACACACAAAGCUCUUGACGAAGUACGAACCAAGUAUUUUACCGAAGAGAAUGGCGACAGACCAGAGGUUGACAACGCUGUUCUUGUCGUCACUGAUGGUGUAACAAUUCCCAAGAAAAAUGGGGCAAAAACAAUCGCAAAUGCUCAAGCAUUAUCAGCGGAUGGGGCUAACGUGUUCGUGGUAGGUGUUCUAAACGAGAAAAAUCAGGACGCUGGUGAAGCCGAGAUGUUCCAGAUGGUGUCGAAUAUUAGAAAUUUCUUCCGUGUGUCUGACGUCCAAGGCUUGAAAAAUGUUAUCUUGACUCUUGCGCAGACAUUUUGUAUAGAUCCCGAUGAAUCAACAACUGAGCCACCAACGACGACGACAACGUCAACAACGACCACUACCACUACAACAACUACUACUACCACACCACCACCAACAACGACAACUCAAAUAGUUGAAGUUGAGGGUACAUUGUGUGUAAAUGGAUUUCUUGAAGAAGGAGACAAAGGUUCCUGUCAGAUAUUCAUGGUUGGAUGUCCAAAAAGAAACCGACGAUGUUGUGGAUGUGACCUCACGUUUUGGAAUCAAAGGUCUCCAAAGGUUCCACAAUUCCCGGGGAUUGUCACCAUGGUGCAGAAAGAAUGUCUCUGUGAAAAGUGCCUUAAACUAGCAUGUAUUCCUCCAGAGUUUCGCGCGCUAUGGCUACAGGAACGACGAGAAGCUGGCCUCCCAACAGAUUAAAAUCGAACAUCAUUAAUAUAAAUUGUCAUCAAUUUUCGAACAUGCAAUAAAUAAGCGCGUAAUACAGUGUAAAUAGU